UAGGUUGUGGAAGAGCCCCGCUUAUGGAGAUGUUGACAGGGUCUCGGAUUGUAGGAGGCACAGAAGUUCCAGAAGGCAAAUGGCCGUGGGUAGUUAGCUUGCAGAUUAAGUACGGCCGUAUUAGUGCUCACACGUGCGGGGGAACUCUAGUGAGAGACAGGUGGGUGAUCACAGCCGCCCACUGCACCAAAGACGUGAGGGACCCUUUGAAGUGGAGAGCUGUGAUCGGAACUAACAAUAUAUAUAGGCUGAAACCCCAUGGCAAGAUGAUGAAAGUUGAAGCAAUCACUGUCCAUCCAGACUUCAUUUUGGAAACUUACGUAAAUGAUAUCGCACUUUUUCAUUUAAAAAAAGCAGUGAAGUACAGUGAUUACAUCCGGCCGAUCUGUCUGCCCUUUGACGUUUUCCAAAAACUGGACGAAGAAACAAAAUGCUUCAUAAGUGGGUGGGGAAGAACCCAAGAAGAAGGUAAUGGCACAAACAUGUUGCAAGAAGCGGCAGUCCAUUACAUUUCUCGACAGAUGUGUAACUCUGGGUUGAGUUACGGGGGAAUCAUUCCUAACAGUUCGUUUUGCGCCGGUGAUGAAGAAGGCAACUUUGAUACUUGCAGGGGGGAUAGUGGCGGACCGUUGAUGUGCUACUUACCGGAAUAUAAAAGAUUCUUUAUGAUGGGAAUUACGAGUUAUGGAAACGGCUGCGGUCGGAAAAAUUUUCCUGGGAUCUAUAGUGGGCCAUCUUUCUUCCAAGAGUGGCUGACGGAGCACUUCUCGCAGGAAAAGGUGAAGGGGAGAGGUAACACAAAUAUUUCACUUGGACAGACUCUCAUAGCUUUAGCUUGCGUCGUCUCGCUGGUGACGUCAUAAAGAUAUUCCGAAGACCUCAGUAUCAUUACUGUGCUUCUUUCCAUGUGCUACAGAAUGAAGCUCGUUUAUUCUGUCAUUUAGUUGCUCAUUUUCGAGUUCUCAGGUGAAGAUUAUUUUUGGAAUAAAAGGAUUGUGGUCUAGUAGAUACACAAUUCUAAAUCUAGGACGGAA